AUGAAGACCACAAAUCCGCUCCUGGAAGCCUUUCGCGCCGUCUUAGAGGAGAGAAGGGCCAAGGGACGCCUCAGGGCCUUGAAGGUGCUUCCUCCUGACGUCGCGGACUUUUCUUCAAAUGACUUUCUGUCUCUGUCCAUCUCACCCGCGUUCCGUGAACUGUACCUGGACAAUCUCUGCAAAACAUCCAAUUCACACCGCAUUGCCAGCAGCGGCUCCAGACUACUGGAUGGGGACACCGACUAUGCCGAAGAUCUAGAGGAGUUUUUAGCCAGGUUUCACAAUGCCCCCAGCGGCCGCCUGUUCAAUUCCGGAUAUGAUGCCAAUGUCGGGAUAUAUUCGUGCAUUCCGCAGCGUGGAGAUGUCAUCAUGUAUGAUGAGUUGAUCCAUGCCAGUACGCAUGAUGGCAUGCGACUCUCCAGGGCCGGGAGACGCACGCCGUUCAAGCAUAAUUCCGUCGAGGAUUUCCAAGAGAAGCUCCAAAAGGAAAUAGACCUGGAUCCUUUGGUACGUUCUGGGAAACGCAAUGUCAUCGUGGCGGUCGAGUCGCUCUACAGCAUGGAGGGAGACUUUGCACCGAUACGAGAAAUAUUAGACGUGCUGGAAUCAAUGCUGCCCUUGAGCAAUGGGCACUUGAUAGUCGAUGAAGCCCACUCCACGGGCAUAUUCGGGCCUCGCGGAGCAGGAAUCGUCCAAGGUCUUGGUGUGGAGGACAGGGUCUUUAUCAGAUUGCAUACGUUUGGCAAAGCUGUCGCCAGCAAUGGAGCCAUUGUUCUAUGUGCCCCGAUAACAAGGGAGUAUUUGACGAAUUAUGCACGUCCAUUGAUAUUCAGCAGUGCAACUGGGUUGCCCAGCCUGGUUGCAACCCGUACUAGCUACGAGCUCAUGGCUGAAGGUGCAACAGAGCCGCUCCAGGCGCAGCUGCAACAGAGAAUCGAGCUUCUUCGAUCGAGCCUCGCCAACAUUGCACCAGCAAGCAGCGCCAUUCUAUGCAUCAACCAUCAUCCCACAUCCCCUAUCUUCUCGCUCAGGACAAAAUUUCCCCAUGAUCUGGCAAAGAUCUGCCAAAAGGAAGGCCUAAUGGUGCGCGCGAUAAUGUCACCCACCGUGCCGCUCGGCACCGAACGGGUUCGAGCAUGCCUUCAUGCGCGGAAUUCAGUGGAGGAAUUGGAAAAGCUUGUCGAUGUCAUUCGUAAAUGGGUGCGGGUAAAAGAAAAAGAGCUAGAGCGGGCAAGGCUGUAG